GCCGCGCCGGCGGGUGCCUGGGAGCGGGAGCUCAUCGUGAUGGGGAUGGGGAGGUGGAUACAGAUGGAGAUGGGGAUGCGGAUGGGGUGUCCCUCCGGCCCUGCCGCUGCCACUCGGGGCUCCCCAGGGCUUUGCCCAUCGCCGCUUGCAGAGCCGCCAGCUGCCUGCCUGUCCUCACCAGCCCGGGCAGGAGCUCAGCACCGCCUGUGCCAGCAGCCGGGUGGGACCCCCGCCCGGGGCUUCCCUCCCCGCGCCACCCACUCCCCUCUCUGCCCUCCGGAGAGGCAAAUGGAGGCUGCUCGAUGGCUCCCCCAGCCCCGCUGCCGGUGGUCACGGAGCUGGAGACGAGGCUUUGCCUGCGUCAUCCCCUCGGCGUCAGGAGCAUGCCUGGCACAGGCACGGCUCCUCCGCGGGCCCCGCCGCCCAGCGAGGAACAAGGACGUCACUUGGCCUCGGCGGGGGUUGGAGGAUGGGGGAGCAUCCUUCCAGGAAGCCCCUGGCUACCCCAGGGGCGCACAAGCGCACUCCAGCUCCACCCAGCUCUAGAUAGAAGGAUCCCUGCUGUCUCCCUGGCUGGUGGCUCAGCAGGGACAAGGGAGAAGCUGUUACACACAGAUUCUUCCCAAGGGUGCAGGAUGUACUGGGGGACACAGGUCCCCGGGAUGCUGGGACCCAGGUGGGGCAGUCCCUCCGGGGGAGGUUGGAUGGAGCUGCCUGGCUGCCCCGUCUGCCCUGGGGGGCAGCAAGCCCAGGGGCUUGCCUGCAUGGUGGGGCAGGGUCCUGCACCACUGGCCGAGCACAGCAGCUUUCCCUCCACACUGGGCAAGCCACCCCCUGCCUCCCCACAUCAGCCUAACCCAGCUCCCUGUCUGUCUGUCUUGCACCAGUGUCAUGAGGUGCUGGGCUCCACGUGUCAGGUGGUGGAAAGCUGCAUGGGAUGUGCUCCUUGGCCCCUGGAACCCUUUCUUCCCCCAAUUCCCUCAGCCCCAUGGCCAUGGGUAGGGAUGCCCUGUGCCAGGGCCAGGGCAGGAACCCAGCCAGGGCAGGGUGGACCUGUGCCUAGGACAGAGGAAGGAGGCAGCACCAGGUCUCGCCCAGCUGCCUCGUGGGACAGGGAUGAAACCAGGAGCUGAUCCCAGCCAGCCCUUCUCCCCAUCUUGGGCUGGAUGAGCACAGAGCAGGCUCCUGGGGCUCUGCUACCCCUUUUUCCAGGGUGCAAAUGAAACCCCAGGCAAGGAGCACAUGCCCCUCUCUCUGGCUGGCCCCUUCGCCAGGCCCCAGCCCCACAGUGAGCCCUGAGCUGCUCCUGCCCCCAUUCCACCUCCUUGCUCAGGGGUGACCCUGCAUCACCCAGCAGUCACUCCCUGCCCAGCUGCAGGUGGGUGCUGUGCCUGAUGGGGGGUCCAGGCUGCAAAGUGCCCCAGUCCUGCAGGGACCUGUUGUGAGGCGGAGGGGAGGGGGCUCAGCCACCCCAUAGCUGUGGGCCAUGGAGCCCAGCUCAGGUCCGCUGGGUGCAGUCACCAUAUUUGAUGGGGAGCUGAUGGCGCCAGUCCCUGGGGAAGCCACAAGAGUACCCGAUAAUGGCACUCGAACUGCAUUUUCAUUUUUUAAUGGGGGAAUUAUCCGCCGGUGGUGCAGUUAAUCACUCAUCUAUCUUUCCCUGGCCUGGAAGGCGGGCUGCCAGCCAGAACCAGCACAGUCAGCCGAGGAGGGGAGGUGAAGCUUGGCUCAGCCUGAAUACAAAUGUGUCUCGUGCAGCCACUGCCCUCUGGCCAGCACUGCGUGCAGGGGGGUGAUGGGAACCCCCAAGUGUUCCCCAUGAGCAGGGGCUGCUGCUUUGGGGCAUGCAAAAUGAGCCGCCUGCCCUUCCAAGGGCAACUAACUGCUGGCUGUGCUUGUGUGGCUGGCAGCAGGGACUGUCUAUCCCUGGGGGUCAUCUGCCCUUGACCCUACUUGGGAGCUAUGGGGAGGCAGGAGGGGCUGGCAGAGCAAUGGGCUUCAAGAAGGCUGUGUCCAACCUUGGGCUCCAAUGCUGGGACAACACGGCAUGGGGCUUUAGUGUCCUGCGGAGUCCCCUUCACUCAGACUAGCUGGGAAGGAUGCUAAGUCCUGGCAGCCCAACUCUGCCUGUCUGCACACCGUAUCCCCACUCCUGCCUGCCCUGGAGAUCACCUCAUCCCUCUGCUUCCCUGGGAGACAGCAUCAGUGCAUGCCAGACCUAGCAGCCAGGUUGCCCUCGGCUGGUCCUUCUCUUGGCAAGCAAAUGCCUGGCCCUGGGCUGCGGCACAGAGGGCAGUAGAGCUGGCAAGAAGCUCCUGGUGCCUCUGCCCUGUGCUCAGGUCCUGCCUGCCUGCCCAGACAGCACAGGAAAGCACAGCUCCCACGCUUCCAGCCCCACACAGACGAGCCGGUCCUGUGCUGCUUGUGCCAGGCAGCCACUCUCACAGCUGGCACGGUCCCCAACAGGGAUGGGGGAUGCUGUCCCCAUGCUGGGCUGGUGCCCACGGCAGUGUCUGGGCCAGCGCCUGGAAGACACUUUGCUGGCCUGGUCCCCACAUUGGCACAGGCGGCGGUUUCAAAGGGGCUGCUGGGCGUUUGGGCACCUGUCCUGGCAAAGACCUUGCUGCAGGUGGUGCUGGCUGCAGGCAGUGGUGCCAGGGCAGCUAGGCUGUGGCUGCCCAGGGCUGUUGCUCUUCAGGCACAGGCUCUGGCACAGGGCUGGCAUUGCACAGUGUCAUCCCACAGCAUGGACAGUGGCACAGGACUGGGGUGCAUAUUGACAUUGUCAGGGGGAGUGUGUUUGUGUGUGCACGCACAAGAGUGUGUGUGUGUGUGCGUGUGCGUGUGUGGCCAGGCAUGUGCUACACCUGUCCACCUACACUCAUCCAUGUCUGCGUGCAUGGGGGUGUGUGCGUGGGGGAGUGUGCCUGUUGGUAUCCCGUGGGCGUGCAGCCUGGGCUGUGUGCGUGAGUGUGAGCAGUGCUGGGCAUGCCCUGCCAGCGGGGGGGAUGUGAGCAGCACCAUGUGUGUUACACCAGUGUGUGUGUUUGAGCAACCGUGGGUGUGCAUGGUGUCGCAAGUGCCAUGAUGGGGUGUUUGCGUGCAGGCAUGCCAUGCCAGCAGCGUGUGUGUGUGCGUGAGCAGGCAUGUGGCACCAUACCAUGAGUAAUGCUCUCUUCUCUUUUCCUUUGCAGAAGACUGGCCAUUCUCGGCGCUUCGGGCGCUUCACGCAUGCGAAGUUUUCCGCUCCUGCAGGAAACAAAGCUACGACUCGGAGACGGGCGAGGAUGAGCCCAGUGACCCCCAGGUGACGCAGCGCAGUGAGCUUCAGGAUGAGACGGCCUUCAGCACCCCCACGGGUGGGUCCGACACCCUCGUGGAUGCCUCCAUGAACACAACACCGACUUCGGUGCUGGCCCUGUCACAGGCAGAGGAGCGCUCCAGCUGGUCGGGCAGCCAGCAGACUGUGGUGGAAAAGGAGAUGGAUGCCAGCCUCUCUGCACGGAGACCCUACCUCCGCCCCACUGCCUGGCAGCAGCCGCAGGGAACCCCAAGGCAAGCAAAUGCGCCGGCCCCACAUGGCGCCGAGGUCCGGCACCUGGGCGUGGAGCCACUGGUGCGGGCAUCACGGGCUAAUCUGGUGGGCACAAGCUGGGGGUCAGAGGAUAGCCUUUCGGUGGCCAGCGACCCAUACGGCAGCGCCUUCAGCCUGUACCGAGGACGGGCGCUCUCACUCCACGUCAUCCCCCAGGGGGGUUACCGCAGAGAUGACCCCCACAGUGGCUCCGUCUCUCCAAAGCCUGGAGCUGAGCCCCCGAGGUCCCCUGCUGCCUUGCCACUGACUGCCAAGCCACCAAUCCUCUGCUCGCCAUCUCCACGUGCCAGCCCGUGCCUACCAUCACACACCGGUGCUGCAUCCCAGCCUGCCAUUCGUGGCCCUGGCGUCCCCUCCUUCACGCCCGUCACGCCCCGCAAAAAGUCCUCGGUGCCAGCCGAGUACCAGGACACCGUCCCUGAGGAGUAUGAGGAGAAGAUCAAGAGGCCCAAGUCCUCAGGGUACUCACAGGGCAGCACACAAGAGUCCCGUCCCCAAACACCCAUGAGUGACGCCUCCGGCCGAAUCUCCGUCCGGGCAUCCCCCAAACUGGUGCGCACCGGCUCCAAGAUCUUUGAGAGGCUGCAGUACUUUGAGGAGCGGCAGAGGAGCCUGGAGCAGGCAGACAGCUCCUUCCCUGCACACACCGGCCUGCCCCUGCGCAAGACGCGCUCCUUCGACCAUCCUGGCUCACGGCGUGCCAGCACACUGGGUGGCUCACGAGAGGAUUUGCAGGAAGGUGACCGCUGGGGGCCGGGCAGUACAGCAGCGUGCCGGCGUUUGGCCUUCCGGCAGAAAGCUGCAUCCUUUGAUGAGCGGGGCAAGUUUGCUGGCCGUGUCUAUGCCAUUGAGAACAAGUUUGCGGAGGAGCUGACCCGCAUCAAGUGGACGGUCUCCAAGCAGCAGCUGCGGCGCUCCCAGGAGCUGUGCAAAGCUGGGCUACCCCCGGCACCCUCGCCCCCAUCGGCAAGUGAGCCUGUUGCCUCCCGCCCUCCCCGCACCCCUUCCUCACAGGGCACCAGCAGGCACAAGGUGCUGCCGCCAAAGACCUUCCCUGCAGCAGAGAGCACACACGUCAUCCAGCACCUGGCACUUUCCAGCGUGGCACUGGUGGGACCUGACGGGGAGCCAGAGCUGGGAGGGCAGCGUGGGAGGAAAGCCCUGGCGCGGGGCGGUGGGGCACCUGGUCAGCCCACCAAGGUGGAGGAUGUAGGUGCCAGGAAAAGUAUGCAGCAAGAAGGCACUGGGGAAGUGAAGAAGAAGGAGCAGUGGCCGUUAGCGCAAGCCACCCCACAGGGACGAGUGGCCCUUUCGCAGGCAGGUCCCCCUGAAGGCAGCCCAUGCCCGGAUGGGGGCCCAGCCGGUGGAGCCCGUUCCCCUGGGGCAGGGAGUGAAGUCCUGGCUGCCCGGCUAUCUGUGCCCCAUGGGCUGUACCGGCGGCCGGAGAUGCUCUCAGAGGUGCGGUUCCUGCCCUGGGCGAAGCCAGGGGUGGAGCAGGAGGCUCGCCUGGAGAGGAGCGGUGCAGGGCAGCACGGCAUGGGCAAGGAGGUGGAGAGAAGGCAGAUGAAAGUAUCAGAGAAGAAAGAGAGUAGCCGGACGACUCAAGAAGGCAGGAGCAUGCGGAGCAAGGGGAAAGGACGCCGAGCCAGACCCACCUCUCCGGAGCUAGAGUCCUCUGAUGACUCGUAUGUCUCAGCGGGUGAAGACCCUUUGGAAGCCCCGAUCUUUGAGAUCCCCAUCCAGGACAUGGCAGUGGCCGUGGGGACAGAGGUGCUGCUCAAGUGCAUUGUCACGGCCAACCCCCAGCCAGAAGUGUCCUGGAGGAAGGACGGAGUCCCGCUGCGGAGCAGCUCGGCGCGACCCAUCAAGGCGGAGGGCGAGCGCCACACCCUGCUGGUCAGGAGCGCCCGGGUGGCCGAUGCCGGGCUAUACACCGUCACCGCGGCCAACGAGGUGGGGGCGACCUGCUGCAGCGCCAUCCUCAGCGUGCGGCCCGCCCCCGCCGUGGAGCGGCAUGGGAAUUUGGCACCCCCUGUCGGCCAGGGUAGCCCCAUCACCUCGGACGAGGAAUACCUGAGCCCCCUGGAAGAAUUCCCCGAGUCCAGCACCCCCCAGCACCGACCAGCCAUGAAGUUGCAGCCUAGAGCCGAGCAUGGGACUGCCCACGGCUCUCCAGAAAGCACCUUCAAGGCUGCACCAAGCUUUGAGGUGGCCCUGUUGGACCAGUCAGUGCUGGAGGGGCAGGAUGUCAGCAUGAGCGUCCGAGUCCGUGGGGAACCCAAGCCCAUCAUUUACUGGCUGAGGAACCGACAGCCAGUGAAGUAUGGCCGCCGGCACCACGCAGAGGAGGCAGAGGGGGCACGAGGGCUCUUCACGCUGCACAUCCUGGCGGCGGAGCGUACCGACACUGGCUUCUACACCUGCAAGGCCGUCAAUGAGUAUGGCACCAAGCAGUGCGAGGCCAAGCUGGAGGUCAGAGCUCGCCCCGAGUGCCAGUCCCUGGCCAUCGUGGUUCCCCUGCAGGACGUGGUGGUCGGGGCGGGGGAGCUGGCACUCUUUGAGUGCCUGGUGUCUGGCCCGCCAGACAUGGACGUGGACUGGCUGUCCCGGGGCCGGCUGCUCCAGCCCGCCCUGCUCAAAUGCAAGAUGCAUUUUGAUGGGCGCAAGUGCAAGCUGCUGCUCACCUCUGUGCAUGAGGACGACAGUGGGAUCUACACCUGCAAGCUCAGCACUGCCAAAGAUGAGCUGACCUGCAGUGCCCGGCUGACAGUGCAGCCUUCCAUACAGCCACUCUUCACCCGCAAGCUAGAGGACGUCGAUGUGGUGGAAGGGCGGACAGCGCGUUUUGACUGCAUGAUUAGUGGGACUCCCACCCCAGUGGUCACCUGGACUCAUUUUGGCCAGCAGGUGCAGGAGGGAGAGAACGUGCGGAUUCAGCGGGAAGGGGGGCUGCACUCACUGGUCAUCAUGCACGUGGGCAGUGAGGAUGAGGGGCAGUACAUGGUGACUGCCAGGAAUGCCCAUGGCCAUGUGGAGUGCUCUGCUGAGCUCUACGUGGAGGAGCCGCGUCCAUCUGCUGCCUCCCAGAUCUCCAAACUUGAGAAGAUGCCAUCUAUCCCAGAGGAGCCAGAGCAGGCAGAGACAGAGGCAGAGUGCUUCACCAUGCCUGAUUUCCUGAAGCCGCUGAACAACCUGGAUGUGGUGGAGUCAAAGGAGGCCGUGCUGGAGUGCCAGGUGGCCGGGCUGCCCUACCCCUCCAUCACCUGGUUCCACAAUGGCACCCGCAUCGACAGCAGUGACGACCGCAAGAUGAUGCAGUAUAAGGAUGUCCAUCGCCUGGUGUUCAAGGCUGUCAGCCACGCACAUGCUGGGGUCUACAAGAGUGUCAUCGCCAACAAAGUGGGGAAGGCCACAUGUUAUGCGCACCUCUACGUCACUGAUGUGGUGCCAACCCCCCCAGAUGGCCCCCCCACUGUGGCCUCGGUGACCGGCAGAGCCAUCACGCUGACUUGGAACAAGCCCAAGUGGCUGGACACCGCCAUAGAUCCCAAUUCGGUGACCUACGUGGUGCAAAUGCAAGUGCUGGGCACGACACAGUGGCUGGUGCUGGUGACUGGUGUGCGGGACACCACCUACAUGGUACACGGUCUGACCAAGGGAGCUCAGUACCUCUUCCGUGUCAUCACUGCCACCCCCAAGACCAACAGCAAACCGUCCCCGCUGGUGGGGCCCGUACAGCUCCUCGACCGUGGUCCCUACCUGGAAGAGGCCCCAGUCAUCCUGGACAAGCCAGAUGUGGUGUACGUGGUAGAGGGCCAGCCAACCUCCAUCACCAUCACCAUCAACCAUGUGGAUGCCACCGUCACCUGGAAGAGCUGGUGUGCCCGCAGGGAUGGGCAGGUGCUGGAGGAGCUGGAGGGCAUGUGCGAGCUAACGAUGCCAGAUGACGACCAGCACUGCCUGCGGCUGCUGUGCGUGGGCCGAGGGGCUGCAGGGCCACUGACCUGUGAGGUGAGCAACCGCCACGGCACCGCCUGCUGCACCCUCCACCUUUGCCUCGCAGAGGCACCACGCUUUGAGUCCAUCAUGGAAGACAUUGAUGCCCAGGAAGGGGAGACGCCGCGCUUUGCCGUGGUGGUGGAGGGGAAACCGCUGCCAGACAUCAUGUGGUACAAGGAUGGGGACCUGUUGGAGGAGAGCAGUCACCUGAGCUUUGUGUAUGAGGACAACGAGUGCUCACUGGUGGUGCUGGGUGCCGCUGAGGCUGACAGCGGUGUUUACACCUGCACAGCCAGGAACUUGGCUGGGGAGGUCUCCUGCAAGGCGGAACUGGUGGUGCAGGCAGCCCAGCCUGCUGCCGAUGCUGCCAUGGAGGAGGAGGCAUUGCACAAGGCACGACGCCUGAUUGACUACUAUGAUGUGCAUGAGGAGAUUGGGAGGGGAGCUUUCUCUUACUUGCGGAGGGUGACAGAGAAGAGCAGCCGGCUGGACUUUGCUGCCAAGUUCAUCCCUGGGAGGACCAAGGCCAAGCAGUCAGCACGACGGGAGUUGCACAUCCUCUCACAGCUGGACCAUGAGCGCAUUGUCUUCUUCCAUGAUGCCUUUGAGAAGAAGAAUGCUGUCAUCAUGGUCAUGGAGCUCUGUGCUGAGGAAGAACUGCUAGACAGAAUGGCGAGGAAGCCCUCAGUGUGCGAGUCUGAGGUCCGAUCCUACAUGCGGCAGGUCCUGGAGGGGAUCUGCUACCUGCACCAGCGCAGGAUCCUGCACCUGGACAUUAAACCAGAAAACCUCCUGAUGGCGGAUUUGAGCAGCGAGCAGGUUCGGAUCUGCGACUUUGGCAAUGCUCAGGAGCUGACGCCUGAGGAGGCGCAGUACUGCAAGUACGGCACUCCUGAGUUCGUGGGCCCUGAGAUCGUCAACCAGACCCCUGUGUCCAGCGUCACUGACAUUUGGCCUGUGGGAGUCAUCGCCUACCUCUGCCUGACAGGUAUCUCUCCCUUUGUGGGGGAGAAUGACAAGACAACGCUGAUGAACAUCCGCAACUACAACGUGGCCUUCGAGGAGAGGAUGUUCCAGGGGCUCACCCGGGAAGCCAAGGGCUUUGUCAUCAAAGUGCUGGUCAAUGACAGGCUGAGACCCAAUGCAGAACAGACCUUGGAGCAUCCAUGGUUCAAGACACUGGCCAAGGGGAAGGUCAUCAGCACCGACCACCUAAAGCUCUUCCUCUCCCGUCGGAAAUGGCAGCGCUCGCAGAUCAGCUACAAGUGCAACAUGGUCCUGCGGCCAAUCCCAGAGCUGCUGGAGGAUACAUCCAACCACCUCUCCAUCGCUGUGCCCCGACACCUCAAGGAGUCACCAGCACUGUCAUCCUCCUCAGACUCAGACGACUUGGAUGAGCUGCCCUUUAUCCCCAUGCCACACCAGGUGGAGUUCUCUGGCUCCCGCAUGUCACUCAAUGAGAUCCCCACGGACGAUGAGGCCGUUGGUCCUGCUGAGGAGCCGCAGCUGGAAGGGGUCACCCCAGGGGACGUCUCUGCCAUGGAUUGGCAGAGCCAGGGCAUGGGGAAGCCCGGGGUGGCCCUGGGGAAGCGGCUGAGGGGUGCUGGACUGCGGCGGUCAUGCGCGGAGGCAGAGGCACAUGGCUCCUCUGACGAAGAAGCUCCUGAAGCCCAGAAGCGACCGGAGUACCCCCGCAAAGCCAUGAGGAAGGGCUCCAGCCUAGAGUCCCCGGGGAGUGCCCGGCGGGGUGAGCUGAAGAGGGGUGGCUCUGCUGACAGUGCCCUGGUGCUGCCCCAGCCGCCAGGGACCGAGGAGGGGGCCGAAGCAGGACGAGACCCCCGACGAGCCCUGGCCAAGGCAGCUUCCAUGGAGCUUCCACGGCGGAAGGGGCCCUGGGUGGAGGAUGAUCAUGCCCAGCGUCUGGAGCUGAUGCGCCAGCGGCUGCUGCGGGGUGGCUCUGGGGAUGGCAAAGUCAGUGGCUUGCGGGGUCCCCUCCUGGAGACCCUGGGGGUCAGUCCCGACAAGAAGAUCCCUCGGCCAACCCGGUUGGAGCCGCCAGCACCAGCAGUGCCACGUCUGGUGCGGGCAGCCUCCAGCGAGGCCACCUCACCACGCCUUCUCCCUGCUGAGCACCGGCUGCAGAAGAGCAGCUCCUUCAGCCAUGGGGAUGCUGAGCCUGUCGUUCGUCACCGCCGCUCGGGUGCACCCCUGGAGAUCCCGGUGGCCCGCCUGGAGGCCCAGAGGCUAAAGGAGUCCCCGUCACUCUCAGCCCUCUCUGACACCCGGCCUCCGCCACCGCCAGAUACCGCUGGCCCACUGACACCCCCUGCAGCAGAGAUAACCAUCCCCCGAGCCCACACCACCAAGGCUGCCUUGGGGAGAAGGCAUAUUCCCGAGGAGCGGGGCCAGCCCGGGGCCAGCCUGGCCACCACCACCACCAUGGGAAAGAAGCCCGCGACCACGGUGCAGGAGGAGAAGACACCCACCAAGACUGCUGGAGCCAGUGGGGAGGAAGCUGCCAGGACAGGAGCACCCACCCCACCACAGCUCCCAGCCUCUGGAGUCCAUGCCCCCAAAACAUCUUCCUAUGCCAAAGUCAUGCAAGCCCUGGGAGCCACGGGAGGUGGGGAACCAAUCACUGAGGAACUCCCCCAGCCCCCACCAGCAACCCCUGCUGAGCCCCCCAUACCAGCACCAGCAUUGAGGAAGGAGGUGAAGCCCAUCGGCUCCUCCAGUUCCCUGGUCAUCCAGGACAUAGACUCAGAGGAGGUCUUUGAGGCUAAGUUCAAGCGGGUUCGGGAGUCGUCACUCAGUCGGGGGCUUAAACUCCUCACCCGCUCCCGCUCCGAGGACCGGCACCUGGGUGGUCCCCCAGCUCCCGAUGAUGGCAUCUACCGUCCCACACCGGCCGGUGUGCCCCUGGAGCUGCGCAAGGACCGGACCCCUGGGCUGGCAGCUAAGUCCAAGUCAGUGCAGGACCUGCACGAGGUGGAGAAGGACAGAGGCUUCCUCCGGAGGAUGUCCGUGCUCCUCAAGCGGACCCCGCCUGCUGAGAGGAAGAAGAGUAGGGGGGAAGAUGGAGGCAGCGAGACCCCAGCUGGCAGGCGCCGCUUCUCCUUGGGCAGUUCCAAGGAGCGGAGGGACUCGGAGAGCCUAAAGUCAGAGCCGGGGGGCAGAGGGGAGAGCGAGUCUCCAGCGGUGGCCGUGCGGAGGAAGAUCAGUGCCACGGUGGAGCGGGUCUCUGCACGGCUGCGCAGCCUGUCGGAUGAGCGGACAGAGGGCGAGGGGCCCCAGGAGCUCCGCCGUGCCAACUCUGAGGGGGAGAGCCUGCAGUCAGGGCCCCCUCCAGCACCUGCGCCCUCCUCCGAGUCUCUGCGUUCAGAGAGCAGCACCCGCUCCUCUGCUUCUGCCAAAGGUGGGGGUGACAGCCAGAAGCGGUCCCGCUGGGAGCGCUGGGGGCUCUCGCGGGGCAAGAAGGAGAAGGUGGCCUCGCAGCCCAGCAUCCCCUCUAGCCUGCUGCGGGAGGAGGGACCCGUCGCCGGCGGGUCACACACACCUAGUGAGUCAGAUUUCCCUCCCAUUUUCCACAUCAAGCUGAAGGACCAGGUGCUGCUGGAGGGUGAGGCAUUGACCCUCUGCUGCCUGCCCGCUGGCAGCCCGACCCCCAGGAUUAUCUGGAUGAAAGACAAGAGGUCCCUGCAACCAGACAAUGCGAUGAACGUCGUCUCCUGCAAGGAUGGCCGGCAGAUGCUCACCAUCGCCAAGGUCUCCAGGAAGGAUGCAGGACUGUACGAGUGCGCAGCUGCCAAUGCCCUGGGCACGGCCAUCAGCUCCUGCACGCUGGCUGUGGCACGGCUCCCUGGGCGGCCGGGCACCCCAGAGAUCCCUCAGAAGUACAAGAACACGGUGUUGGUGCUGUGGAAGCCUGCAGAGAGCAAAGCCCCCUGCACCUACACACUGGAACACAGGCUGGAUGGGGAGCAUGAGUGGAAGAUCAUCAGCACUGGCAUUGCUGACUGCUACUUCAACGUGACGGAGCUGCCUCCCGGGAGCACCGCCAGGUUUCGGGUGGCCUGUGUCAACAAGGCCGGGCAGGGGCCCUACAGCACCCCCUCGGGGAAGGUACACCUUGAGGCAGCAGAUGCCCGAGCUGCCCCAGACAAGGACAUUGAUGUCCCCAUCCCUGCAUCCGAGAGGGUGGCUUCCAGCCGGUCGACCCAGACACCUGUGGGGCAGCUGGAGCCACCAGCAGUGGGCGCCCCUCCCACCACGCCACCCCGCAAGCACAAAGGAGUGGUGCAGAAGGCAGAUGGGGUGGUGCAGGCAGAUGUCACCCUAGCGGUCCUUCAGUCCCCUGUGCCCCAUGAGGAGGGGCCGCAGCCAGACCCUGAGCUCCCACCCAACAUCUCCAUCUGUGUGCCCCCAGAGCUGAUGUUCACCCCACCUCGGACUGUUGCCUUGCCCCACACAGACACCCCGACCCGGGGCUCUCCUGCACCCCCCACGGACACAUCCCCUGCUCCUAGGCCUCCAUCCCCUUCCAAGUCCUUCCCUACUUCCCCAGUGUCGACCACCCCCAGCUCGGCCCCUACACCAUCUCCCACACCCAACGCCACGUCUGCACGGAAGAUGCCCCCUUACAUGGUCACCUCCUUUGUCUCCAUGCCCCCCACGUCACCCCCAGUGCAGGAGCCCCCCACUCCAUCCUCCAAGGAGCCCCCAGAUGAGAGUGGAGUCUCAGGGGCUAAGGAUGGCACAGCACUGCGUCAGGGCGUCCCCCAGAAACCAUACACCUUUCUGGAUGAGAAGGCGAGGGGCCGUUUUGGGGUGAUCCGGCUAUGCAAGGAGAAUGCGACAGGGAAACACUUCAUGGCCAAGAUUGUGCCCUAUGAGGCAGAGAGGAAGCAGAGCGUGCUGCAGGAGUACGAGAUCCUCAAGGCACUGCACCAUGAGCGCAUCAUGGCCCUGCAUGAGGCAUACAUCACCCCCCGCUACCUGGUGCUUAUCUGUGAGAACUGCACCGGCAAGGAGAUCCUCUACAGCAUUGUGGACAGGUUUCGCUACUCGGAGGAUGAUGUGGUGAACUACGUGCUGCAGCUCCUGCAGGGCCUCGAGUACCUGCACGGCCACCGCAUCGUGCACCUCGACAUCAAGCCAGACAACAUCAUCAUCUCAGGCAUGAACGCCCUCAAGAUCAUCGAUUUUGGCAGUGCCCAGACCUACAACCCCCUCGUGCUGCGGCAGCUGGGGCGGCGUGUUGGCACACUGGAGUACAUGUCACCAGAAGUGGUGAAGGGUGACCCAGUGGGCUCUGCAGCAGAUGUCUGGGGCGUUGGUGUCCUCACCUACAUCAUGCUCAGCGGGCGGUCACCUUUCUUCGAACUGGACCCCAUCGAGACAGAGAACCGCAUCCUGGCAGGGCGGUUUGAUGCCUUCAAGCUGUACCCCAAUGUCUCACAGAGCGCUGCCCUCUUCAUCCGCAAGGUCCUCACUGUCCACCCCUGGAGCCGCCCCACGGUGAAGGACUGCUUUGCCAACACCUGGCUCCAAGAUGCCUACCUGAUGAAGCUGCGCCGCCAGACCCUGACCUUCACCACCAACCGCCUCAAGGAGUUCCUGGUGGAGCACCAGCGGCGCCGUGGCGAGGCAGUCACUAAGCACAAGGUCUUACUCCGCUCCUACCAGGGUGGCCAGCCACCGGGGCCGCAGUAGCCACCCCCUUGGCCACGGCCGUGAGGGGCCGAGGAGCCAGAGGAACAUUCCAGGGGCCGUGGGAUGGGGCAGCCAGGAAGGAGCCAGGAGGUGCCUGGACAAGCCCAUGGAACUCAUAAGCUGCUGCUGGGGAUGCUGGUGGCCGGCAUCAUUUUGGCGGGGCCAAGGGAGAGGGGAGGUGCUGCCCCAACCAGACCAGUAGUGGGGUCCAGCAGCUGGCAGGUGGCAGGAAGACUUGCUGGGAGGAACAGAGAAUGUGGCAGAAGGUCAAGGGAAAGAUGAGAUGGGGGGUCUGAGGGAAGCCCCAGGCAGGGGUGGGAGAGCCGCCAGCAUGCCAGCCAGCCCUGGCCACGCAGGUCCCACCAGCUGUGUGCCUUAUGUUGCAACCUGCAGCUGCCCCCGGCCACGGCACAGGGGGCCCUGCACUCCCCGCAGUUUGCACGCCAUUGCCCAAGGACUCAGGCUGCUCCAGUGGUUUCUGCAGAGAGGGGCCCGCUCACAGCCCCCUGCACCCUCCCGCCAGCCGGCACAGCCCCGGUCCUCGUGACUGUGAGUGGGGGUUGCCAGUCCCCCACCUUCCACUCCUCCCAUCCCCAGUCCUGGCAAGCGGGUUUGCGGCCCCAGGACCAAUGCCGGUGCCUUCCCCGGGGCUGUUGGUUGUGCCAUGCACAUCUCCUGCACCUGCUCAGGCCCAUCCUGCUCACGGUCUGCCCAUCUGGCUCUGGCGCUCACCCUGUGCCCCACCGCCAGCCCGCCUGUCCCCAGACACCCCCCUAUCCCCCUGCACCCUCUCCCUUUCCAACCCCCCAGUGCCACCGUGCGGCCCCACAGGUGCCUUGCCGAGCUCCUCAUCCCUUCCUCACCCCCUCUCUGGCUGGCAGCAGGGUGCUUCAGGAUGGCCGGGAUGCCCUGGGCAAGGGAUGGAGGCGGUGGUUGGGCACCCACCUUCCAGAUGCUGCUGUAGCAAUAGGGCUUUAUUUAUUGACUUUGGGGAGAAGGCACCUGACCCUGUCCCCUCCUCUCUGCUGGGCUUUGGAGU